GUACAGCAGAAGGAAGCUGGCAACCCCUAGCGUCCUGUGCUUAUUCUGGAACAUAUGCCUGGAUCACACUGCAUAAAGGAUAUUCAGAAGAAUAUCAACGGUUCCACUUCUGCUGUACUGACCACCACCUCUCCUACCACCACUGAGCUUCAGCCCCUGAUGGCACAGCCUGACCUGCCGUCUGACCAUGACAACUCCCAGGAGAACAGGAUGGAGAAGGACCCCACACAGCCAGGACCCACAACCCUGCAGAAGACCAGGGCCUGCUUCUUAAAGGGAGUAUCCUACUUCUCUGGAGACAUGAAGGUGUUUGGAAAAUGGAUGGAAAAACAGUUCAUCUUGCUGCAGUUGCUGGACUGGGUUUUGCGUGGAGCUGCUCAGGUGAUGUUUGUCAACAACCCUCUUAGUGGCCUCAUCAUUUUUGCCGGCCUCAUCCUGCAGAACUACUGGUGGGCUCUGAACGGCUUUGUGGGCACACUCUUUGCCACCAUUUCUGCCCUCAUUCUGCAACAGAACAGGGGUGCAAUAGCUGCAGGGCUGUAUGGUUACAAUGGUAUCCUGGUGGGUCUGCUGAUGGCUGUGUUCUCCAACAAAGGAGACUGGUACUGGUGGCUCCUGCUGCCCAACAUCUUCAUGUCUAUGAUGUGCCCCAUUGUAUCCAGUGCCCUGGCAUCUAUUAACAGCCGCUGGGAUCUGCCAGUAUUCACCCUGCCUUUCAACAUUCUUGUGUGUCUACACAUGGUUGCCACUGGCCACUACAACCACUACUUCCCUCAAGUCCAUAUUCAGCCCCGCUCAGAGCUACCCAACAUCACCUGGGCUGAAAUUGACGUAGCCAAGCUGUUCAUGUCAGUGCCUGUGGGAAUUGGCCAAGUCUACGGCUGUGACAACCCUUGGACAGGAGGAAUCUUCAUCAUCUCACUCUUCAUCUCCUCCCCCAUCACCUGCGUUCAUGCCGUCCUGGGAUCUGCCGUGGGCAUGGUUUCAGGCCUGGCUCUGGCAGCUCCUUUUGGAGACAUUUACUUUGGCCUCUGGGGAUACAACUGUGUGUUAGCCUGCAUUGCCAUCGGAGGAAUGUUUUACGCUCUCACCUGGCAGGUGCACCUGCUUGCCAUCACAUGUGCUUUUUUCUGCGCAUACCUUGGCUCAGCCAUCGCCAAUAUCAUGUCCACGUUUGGUCUGCCAGCCUGCACCUGGCCUUUUUGUCUCUCUGCCCUGACUUUCCUCCUCUUAACCACGGGGACCAACAAGAUUUUCAAGCUGCCACUGGCCAAAGUCACCUGUCCCGAGAAAAACCUGUGCUUCUACUGGAAGCUAAAGAGGCAGGAGAAAGUGGAAAAGGCUGAGAAAGAGCAGAAAGAGAGGGAGGAGCAGCAGAGAGCCGCAGAGGAAGAAGUGAUACUGAACGAGAAAGAGCAACUGAGGCUAGAGCUUGAAAGUAUAGAAGAAGGUAGAGUUGCAAGAGAGUCCUCAGAGGGUAAAAAUGACGAGACACAUGUCAAAGACCAUGCACCUGGGGUCGAACAACAGGGUACUAAAGAAGAAGAGGUCACUCCUGCUGAUUAUGUUUAAAAACUACAUUUCUGCCGAGAGAGAGAGAG